ACCACAUAGAGAGCGAUGCAUGCGCGGUCCACUGUUUUCAUUUAAUUUCACAUUUACGUAGUGGAGUGGAUAAAGAAUUGCUAGGAAAAAAAAAAAAAAAAAAAAGGAAAAUUUUUGAAUAAUACUUCGAGGGCUUUCUUCGUUUCGAUUCCUGAUAUCUGACAUUUUAGCUAAUUCUCGUCUUCCUCCAUCAGCUCUCUCUGUUGAAAACCCUAAAUUUCUGAUCUUCAAAACCCUAAUCCACGGAACGGGCGUUACGAUCCGUUUUUCGAUUGCUGAAGUAUAAUCGAGUUCAGUUGCUCAUUUUCGGUCGAAAACUGGUUUUGUAGGUUGCUAAUUUGAACUCGAGAGGAUGAGUAGUCAGAAGAAGAGGAACUUUCAGAUUGAGGCGUUUAAGCAUCGGGUCGUGGUGGAUCCGAAGUAUGCAGAGAAGACCUGGAAGGUUUUGGAGCACGCGAUUCACGAAAUAUACAACCACAAUGCAAGUGGGCUUAGCUUCGAAGAGCUCUAUAGAAAUGCUUACAAUAUGGUUCUGCACAAAUUUGGAGAGAGACUCUACUCUGGGCUUGUGUCAACUAUGACAUCACAUAUAAAAGAAAUGGCAAAAUCGAUUGAAGCUGCUCAGGGAGGUUUAUUUCUGGAAGAACUGAACAGGAAAUGGACAGACCACAACAAGGCAUUGCAAAUGGUCAGAGACAUAUUGAUGUACAUGGACAGGACUUUCAUCCCGAGUACACGCAAAACCCCAGUUCAUGAGCUUGGGUUGAACCUGUGGAGGGACAAUGUUAUCCACACUAGCAAAAUCCAGAUGAGGCUUCGGGAUACACUUCUUGAUCUUGUACAGAGAGAAAGGACUGGUGAAGUUAUAAACAGGGGUUUGAUGAGGAAUAUUAUAAAUAUGCUAAUUGAUUUAGGUUGUUCUGUUUAUCAAGAAGACUUUGAGAAACCUUUUAUUGAAGUCUCAGGUGGUUUCUACUGUGGUGAGUCCCAGCAGUUCAUUGAGUGCUGUGAUUGUGGGGAUUAUUUAAAGAAAGCUGAGAGACGUCUGAAUGAAGAGAUUGAGAGAGUGUCCCAUUAUUUAGAUGCAAAAAGUGAAGCCAAGAUUACUAAUGUUGUGGAGAAGGAGAUGAUAGAGAAUCAUAUGCAUAGAUUAGUCCAUAAGGAUAAUUCUGGCUUGGUUAAUAUGCUUGUUAAUGACAAAUAUGAGGACUUAGGAAGGAUGUACAGUUUGUUCCGCAGGGUGCCCAAUGGACUCUCGAUAAUUAGAGAGGUCAUGACUUCUCACAUUCGGGAUACAGGUAAGCUGUUAGUUACUGAUCCAGAAAGGUUAAAGGAUCCUGUAGACUUCGUGCAGCGGCUCUUGGAUGAAAAGGAUAAGCAUGACAAGAUCAUCACCUUGGCAUUUAACAAUGACAAGGCUUUCCAGAAUGCUUUGAAUUCCUCAUUUGAAUAUUUUAUAAAUUUGAAUUCUCGGUCGCCAGAGUUUAUUUCUUUGUUUGUGGAUGAUAAGCUUCGGAAAGGACUGAAAGGGGUUAGCGAGGAGGAGAUUGAGGUUGUACUCGACAAGGUGAUGAUGCUUUUCCGUUACCUCCAAGAGAAAGAUGUGUUUGAAAAGUACUACAAACAACAUUUGGCAAAGAGGCUUCUAUCAGGGAAAACUGCCUCUGACGAUGCAGAGAGAAGUUUGAUAGUUAAGCUCAAAACAGAAUGUGGGUAUCAGUUCACCUCAAAGUUGGAAGGUAUGUUCACUGACAUGAAGACAUCUGAAGACACGAUGCAAGGAUUCUCUGCAAGCUUGGGUGCUGAGAUAUCAGAGAGCCCCACUCUCGCUGUCCAGGUCCUCACUACAGGGUCUUGGCCAACUCAGUCUACUGCCACUUGCAACCUUCCGCUGGAAAUCCUAGGGGUGUGUGACAAGUUCCGGCAAUAUUAUCUUGGAACCCAUACCGGGCGGAGAUUGACCUGGCAGACAAAUAUGGGCACUGCUGAUCUGAAAGCAACCUUUGGGAAGGGCCAGAAGCAUGAGCUGAAUGUUUCCACAUACCAAAUGUGUAUCCUUAUGCUGUUCAAUAGUACCGACAGGCUGAGCUAUAAAGAAAUUGAGCAGGCAACAGAGAUACCUGCCUCGGACUUGAAGAGAUGUCUGCAGUCUCUGGCAUGUGUUAAGGGAAAGAAUGUGCUAAGGAAAGACCCAAUGAGCAUGGACAUUGCUGAGGAUGAUGCCUUUUUCUUCAACGACAAGUUCACAAGCAAGUUCUACAGGGUAAAGAUAGGUACUGUGGUUGCACAAAAGGAGUCUGAACCGGAAAAGCAAGAGACCCGUCAAAGAGUGGAGGAAGACAGGAAGCCCCAGGUCGAGGCAGCAAUUGUGAGGAUCAUGAAGUCGCGGCGAGUGCUGGAUCACAACAAUGUUGUUGCCGAGGUCACAAAGCAGCUGCAACCACGGUUCUUGCCAAAUCCUGUUGUGAUAAAGAAACGAAUCGAAUCCCUAAUUGAGCGGGAGUUCUUAGAGAGGGACAAAGUGGACAGGAAGUUGUAUCGAUAUCUGGCUUGAAUAUUUUGUCAGAGUCUCCUUUUAUCGGUCUUUUCUGGCCUUGGCUGGUUGAAUUGUAAGUCAGGAAUGUUGUUGAACUAUGUAGACUGAGGUGAGUUUUACUUGUUAAAUGGAUCCCCACCCAACCAUCAUAGUUUCUUAUUUCAGAUGCCCUCAUUUUCAUUUAA